AUGGUGGCAUCUCCGGCAUCGUGCUUCCUCAGAUCGUCCACUCUCCUGGUGCUGAUCGAAGCAGUCUCUGGCGCAAAUGCACAAUUAGAAACAAACGCAAUGGCUGCACCGCCAGCAACUCUUCCACCUCAUUCUAUACCACCAAUGCCGGUCGAAAUCACACCCGUACCAGCGGAUGACAUCAGCCCAAGGCUUGAUGAAUUCCGACGGAUUGACGCAAAUGGUGACCAGAGAAUUACAUUCGCCGAAUUCAUUUUGGCCGAUCGGCCAUAUAUUGAAGACAAAUCACGACUGUACCACAAACAGGAUCUGAAUGGCGACGGAGUUGUAAGCAAGGACGAGUUUUCCGCAUACUCUCGGAAGAAGGAGGAAGAACGGCGACUAAGGGAACAACAGGCUGAAAAUUUUUUCAGACAGCUGGAAGUCCCAUUUAAUCAGCCAUUUGGUUUUGGCUUCCCACAAACAUCAUUUUUUUCACGCGAUGGUCGUAAUCUUCCAAACACGAUACGAAAUUCCUCAGCGUCGAUCACACAAACAGCUGGAGAUGCUGCUAAUGGCACAUUGCAGUUCCUAAUCCGAUGA